AUGUCAACGAAAAGGAAGCAAUUUAAGCCAAAAGCAUUCAAAGACGACGAAGCAAUUAGCAAUGAUUAUAAUGAUUUAAAUAAGGAACAAGAAGUGAGGGAGAAGAAAAGAAAGCGAAUAAAUGAUAACGAAUCAGGAAUCGAUGUCGAUUCUUGUCGAGAAUCUUAUCUUUCAACCAAGACUAUAGACAUGAAAAUAAUUUGCUGCUUCUGUGAGACUAAAUUUGAUGAUAUCAAAACACUACAGAAUCAUACAUUGCAGAAUCAUCAACAACAACAACAACAGCAACAACAACAACAAAUUGUUAAAGUGAAAAAUGAGGAAAAUGAUGCAAUCCCGUUGAAUAAUGAGAUUUGUGGAAACAAUAACGGAGGUCUAUCAUUGGUAUGUCAACAAUGUGAUAUGACAUUGCAUAGUUUUGCUGAAUUUGGUUAUCAUAUGCGGACACAUUUAAUUAGCAAAGAUUGUGAACAAAAAUGCAAUCUUUGCAGUGCAACGUUCACCGAUCCCAUUGCUCGAAUAUCACAUAUUGUGGAACAUUUUAUGGAAAAUAGUAUUAGUGUACGAUGCAAAGAAUGUCCGACUAUACCAUUUUAUAAUUUUCAACAAAUUCGACAACAUCACUGUGAUGCGCACUUGGAGAUAUUGUACCGUUGCGCUAUAUGUCAUCAAAUAUUCAGCAAUCAGAACCGUUUUAAGGAACAUUCCAUAGUUCACAUUGAGGAAGUUUUCCGAUAUCAUUGCGCAGCUUGUAGCAUUCCGUUUGAAACCCGCGACCUUUUGGCUAUUCAUGUACAGCUAAUUCAUGAUCGACCUGCUGUUACGUUAACGGUUAACAGUUUACAGCACGACUCAACGGAUGAUAGUCUCUGCAAGCAACAGUCCGAAAGUCGUCUGGUGAAAUGUUUAGUGUGUGACAUAAAAUUUGAAAGUGAAGAUGAGUUGGACUUUCAUCGACUCGUUGCACACUGCAAGAUACCCCGAUCAAAUCGUUGCGCAGACUGUCAGACACAAAUUCAAACCGUUACUCAUUUCAAGGAUCAUAUUCGUGAACAUAUGCAAGAUGAAAGUACCGUACCCUGUAUCAUCUGCCGGCAAACACUUCGAAAUGACACACAGAUCGAUACCCAUGCAAAGUAUCAUUUGCAAUUUAAUGAUGAUAUCUCGGGAUCGGAUCGGCAAUGUAACAUAUGCCAACAGCAUUUCUCGAGCGAAUCACUCGGACUACAUGUGAUUGAACAUUCGAGCAACGGAAACUGUCCAUAUUGUGACAAACAUCUCCCAAAUGUUGCCAGCUUAUUGGCUCAUAUCGAUUCGAUACAUUCGCGUGUGGAAGCAAUCUACCAAUGUCAUAACUGUCAACAGACCUUUCACUUCAAAUCUCAAUUACAGUAUCACAUCUGUUCAACUGUUGCACAUGAAACACUUCUGAAUUCAUUUCGAGAGCGCAUUUCAUCAAUUUUAAAUCAACAACAAGCUUAUCAAUGUCCAUGCUGUCCUAAGAUAUUCGGUUCGGAAAGCGCUCUCCAGGGUCACUCACAUAUUCAUUCACCAAAAGCAUUCCGCUGUGACCUUUGUGUGCUAUCUUUUUCAUCCAGUCAACGCCUUGAAACCCAUCGUAAGAAGCAUUUCGCGGAGAAAAAUUUUACGUGUAAAAUUUGUGAUUUGCAAUUCGUGAACCGUGACGAUUUAUCAUUACAUCUAAAAAUGCACGGUGGUGCUUUUACACGAUGUACAACGACUGAGCAAACUAUAACGACGCGCUUUAACUGA